AUGGAGAAGAGGAUAACCUCUGUGCGGGCAGUAAAGAAACAUUUGCCCGAGUCCUACACCGCAUCGUCACAAGUUCAAUCGUCAUCUCUACAUACCUCCCGUUAUGCACGACUUGGGACUUUCUACGAAAACGGCGAAAUCAACCAGUCCAUUGCAUUCCGCUUAUACCAACAAGCUGCAAAGGCAGGAAGCAAAUUUCAACUCGGCAUUUUAUACUACAGUCGCCCAGUCGCUUGGGUGAUUGUUAUAAAGCCUGGUGCCGGAGUUGGGAGGAAUAGCAGGCAGGCCUUCCUAUGGUACGAAAUGUCUGCAGAGCGUUCCAACAGUUGCCAACGUGCAAGGUGUCAACCAGUAACAAACCUUCAGAAAAUUACAAUCUGUUAA